GGCUGAUGAAGAAGCUUAGAAAACACAAGUGAUCGAGUUCCAGAAGGGCUAUAAAUCUCCCUCCAUGUUUCACCGUUAGAUAGAGACCGAGUGUUUUAAUUGCCAAAGUUUGUGCACAAGGCUUGUGGAUUAUUUUCUUGCUUAGCAAUAAUGAGGAGGAUGAGUUUUAUAGGUUCAAUGAUUUGGUUAUCCUUUGGUCUAUUGUGUUGUGUGAAAGCUGAUCUGCAGUUGGGCUUCUAUGACAAGAGCUGUCCAAAGGCAGAGCAAACCAUCUCUGAUUUUGUGAAGGAGCACAUCCCACAUGCACCAACUUUGGCAUCACCUCUCCUUAGAAUGCACUUCCACGACUGCUUUGUGAGGGGUUGUGAUGGCUCUGUUCUCAUUAAUUCCACCAGCAACAACCAAGCUGAGAAAGCUGCAACUCCAAACUUGACCCUUCGUGGGUUCGAUUUCAUCGAUCGGGUGAAAAGCUUGGUGGAAAAGGAGUGCCCAGGGGUUGUUUCAUGCGCAGAUAUUCUUGCAUUAGUUGCAAGGGAUGCAGUGGGAGUCAUAGGAGGACCCUUUUGGAGAGUUCCAACAGGGCGUAGGGAUGGGACGAUCUCAAACUCCACGGAAGCUUUGAACAACAUUCCAGCCCCAACAUUUAAUUUCAGUGCACUUCAAACAUCCUUUGCUAACAAAGGGCUCAGUGUGGCAGAUCUAAUUUGGUUAUCUGGAGCUCAUACAAUUGGUAUUUCCCACUGCUCAUCAUUUAGCAGUCGUCUCUACAACUUCACUGGAAAAGGCGGUCAGGACCCUUCUCUGGACAGUUUCUAUGCUGCAAAUUUGAAGAAGAACAAGUGCAAGUCCCCUAACGACAAUACAUCAAUUGCUGAAAUGGAUCCAGGAAGCUUUAGAACGUUUGAUCUUGGAUACUACAAAAAUGUACUCAAGAGAAGAGGUCUUUUCCAGUCCGAUGCGGCUCUCAUAACCAAUGCUGCCUCCAAGUCUGCUAUUUUGAACAUUGUCAACAGCCCUCCUGAAGUGUUCUUCCAAGUGUUUGCUGCUUCUAUGGAGAAGAUGGGCAGGAUUGAGGUUUUGACCGGAUCGGCGGGCGAGAUCAGGAAGCACUGUGCGGUGGUGAAUGGUUAGAAUUAAUAUAUCAGGCCAGCUUCCAUUUAAUUGUGUUCUUUGAUAUCUUAUGUUUUGGAUGUGACAAUAAAUAAGUUGAAUUGCGUGUCAAGGUUUUUCUCUUUAAAAGAUGUUGUUUUUCAAGGCAAUAAAGAAUUGUUCCUGUUAGCUUCAGUAAA